GGCUCGCGCUCCAAUUUGUCGGCGCUAGCUUGACGUCGGUCUCCAGACUGGUCUGAGGCGCGUGCUGGUUUUGCGGACCCCGGUGGGUCUCUGGGUCGCUGUCACUGGUCCCCGCAGUGAGGCAGCGGGGUCUGCGCCCUCCGCGCUGGAAUGCUGCUCUGAAUCGUUUCUUUGCGGGAACUAUCGAAACCAUCAUGACUUCAGUCUGGAAGAGGCUCCAGCGGGUCGGGAAGAAGGCGUCAAAGUUCCAGUUUGUUGCCUCCUUUCAAGAACUCGUGGUAGAAUGCACAGAGAAAUGGCAACCAGACAAACUGAGGGUGAUGUGGAUCAGAAGAAGCAGACGGCACAGCACAAAGCUCCACAGCUGGCAGCCAGGUAUUAAGAACCCGUACAGAGGCAUGGUCAUAUGGCAGGUUCCAGAGAGUUUACACAUAACCGUCACUCUCUUUAAGGAACCCGGUGCUGACGAGUUUGAAGACAAAGAUUGGACAUUUAUCAUUGAAAAUGAGACAAAAGGCCAAAGGAAAGUUUUAGCAUCAGCUGAUGUUAAUAUGAAGAAGUACGCCACUGCUGCGUCAGCCCAGUAUGACAUUACACUGAAGCUCAAACCCCUGUCUGUGAAAGUGGUAGAAGCCACACUGAUACUCAACCUGUCAUGCAUCUUUCUCAAGGAGGGCAAAGCUACGGAUGAGGAUAUGCAAAGUUUGGCCAGCUUAAUGAGCAUGAAACAGAGCGACAUCGGCAAUCUGGAUGACUUUAAUGACAGCGAUGAGGAGGCUGGUGAAGAGAGACGAGCCAGCUUUGGAACUGGACAGAGCGUUCAUGUUACUGCCCCAGCUUCCUCCUGUGUGAGUGCACAAGAUCUGACUGGGAGACCUGAAGGUGAAUCGGGCCCCACAGGUAACUUUCUGUCUACUCUGGAGUCUCCUUUACGUCUGUUUUCACCUCCCCAGUUCAAUUCUCCUCGCUCAGUAAACUUUGGGAUGGACGGUAAAAAAUCCUCUGGCAUUUCCUCUAUACUUGUGGUUACAUGCCAUGGUCCCCUGGUUGAACCUCAAGGUCCUUCAACUCCACCCCUCUUCCCGCAAACCCACAAGCAACGACCAAGUCCCACCCAACAGGGCCAACCUUCAACUUAUGCCAGCUCAAUGCCAGCUUUUACACAUGCGCUUCCUCCAACACUUCCAAAAAUCUUUCAGUCAACAUCCAGAGCAGCCCUGCGUAGGCCCCAUAGUUUCCACAGUGAUGCCUCUGAUGGCUUGGUGGGCCUGUCUUUCUCUACACUCGUCCCUUCCAAAGCCCGGUCUACCUCUUCUCUGUCUUCAUCACCAUCUGAUCCAUCUCCCCAUCUCCCUGCUUUCCCUGACAGCUCACAAACAGCUCUGCUAAGAUCCUUCCCCUCUUUACCUCACACUCACAAGCGGCCCAAAGGUCGACCCACCUCAAUGGUGGAGUUGGGCUGUGCCCUCACUAAACCCACAAGUCUUCCAUCUGCCCCUGAGAGAGCUUCUUGGCAGACUGAAUGGAAGCCACCCAAAUGUCAGGCCCCCCUAGCACAGCCUGCCCUCUCCCCUAAGUUUUUGCGUCUUUCUGCCAGUUAUUCUGGAGACGUUAUGGGGCUACAGAAAAAGCAGGGGACAGAGAUAGCACCUUCAUCCUAUCAGUCUGCAGCUCAGUCUGUGGGUCAGAAACAACAGGGAGUAACAAGAUAUGUUCCCUCUGGGAGUCCUCAUGACAGCCUCACAGUUGAGAACACCUCACCUAGUUGUCAUAGUCCUUCAUCUGCACCCCUGCUCUCUGGGGCUCCUGCUCCUCCUCCUCAGCCACGCAUAUUUGAAACAGUCAUAGUCUCCCCGAGUAGACAGGAAGCAGAAUUUAAGAGACAGCUGAGCACCUUGAAUGAAGAGGACAGCCAGGGCUCAGCAUCUGUAGAAGCCAGCCUGAGGACAGACACAUCCAUAGCUCUGGAGCAGAAAACACACGCACCAGCAUCUGCAGGAGGAUGAAUGUAAAAGAUGAUG